CUCGUCCGCUCUCGCCAGCUAGGACACAACACAGCACGAUGGCCGAGGACAAGCCGAAGAUCAAGCUGCAGUCCCAGCAGGGCGACAUCUACGAGGCAGAUCAGCAGGUGGCUUGCAUGUCCACCCUCAUCAAGAACAUGGUCGAAGGUGAGGGUACGUGGGAGGGGCGAGGAAGUGGCGUGUGUGGCGGGAGGGGGGAGGAGGGGAGGCGCCGGCAUGCGAGACACGGCUGUCGGUCGGUCGCUGUCACAGUGUUGUGUGUUGUGUCGCAGAUUCGGGCAGUGAGGACGCCAUCCCCCUGCCCAACGUCAAGACGGCCAUCCUGCAGCGCGUGUUGCAGUACUGCGAGCACCACAAGGAGAACCCGCCCGAGGAGAUCGCCAAGCCACUCAAAUCCACCAACCUCGCCGAAGUCAGUCAGUGAGAGAGGGGGAGAGGGGGGGACCAGGAGAACUCAUGUGUGUGCGGCAUGGAAGUGUUGUGUUGUGUUGUGUGUGGUCACACAGGUUGUGUCUGAGUGGGAUGCUGAGUUUGUGAACGUGGAGCAGGAGGUGCUGUUCGAGCUGAUCCUGGUGAGUGAGCCAGAGCAGGCGGGAUGGGAUCGCCUUAUUAACCACCACACACGCGUGUGAUGUGAUGAUGUGUGAUGUGUGUGUUGUGUUCAGGCGGCCAACUACCUGGACAUCAAGCCUCUGCUGGACCUCACAUGCGCCAAGGUCGCCAGCAUGAUCAAGGUCACCAUCACACCAUGCCACAUCACACCGCACCGGGCCACGCAAUGCCACGCACAACACAUGUGCGUGCGCUCUGUGUGUGUGUGUUAUGUAUGUCCCAGGGUAAGACGCCCGAGGAGAUUCGCAAGCAGUUCAACAUUGUCAACGACUUCACACCCGAGGAGGAGGCGCAGGUACGGUACCUACACACACACACACACACACAUCCGUCUGUCUACCCAUCCCUCCGUCUGACCAUGUACCGUGGGUAUGGUGUGGUGUGGUGUGGUGUGGUGUGUGUUGUGUGUCAUGUCACCAGGUGCGGGAGGAGAACAAGUGGUGUGAGGACGCGUGAGUGGACGAGCAGCCGGUUCUCUGGGUCAGUCACUGGCUCCGGCUCGGUUGCUCCGUUGCGCACAGACACAUGUCAGACAGACAGACACGUACGUGAGUGAGUUUAACUUCCAGAUGGAUGGAUGGACGGCCCGGCUGACGCGCCUACACACACACACACACACACAUGCCAUGCGUGCCGUUCGUGCUGCAUGGAUCGAUGGAUCGAUGGAUGGACAGACACGUCAAGUCUACUCACUCGCUCGGCCUGCCUGCCUAUGUCUUUCACUAUCUACCAGUUGUUCGUAUGCCUUCACUCACUUGACGCAUUUCAUUUCUUCACUACCACUAACUAUCUCUCUCUGCUUCCGUCCGUGUGUAAGAUACAGUGAUACAAUGAUACAUACAAUAUGACUACUGACACGGGCAGGCAGGCAGGCCCCAACCUCUUGACAGAGAGGGAGGGUAGGGCAGGGCAGGGCAGGCAAGGGUGUCUGUCGAUCGUAUGUUGACGUGUGGUGUGGCGUUCUCACUCGCUCACUGCGGGCGCCAGGCGGUGCGGUCUGCUUGGACAACAGGUGUGCCUGCCCGACGGGCCGAUGGUCGGUGCUGGUGGUGGUGGUGGUGGGAUGGGCGGCGUGCCACGCUGUGGCUCGCUCCUCUCUCUCGCCUUUUUGCUCUCUGCUUUGCCCGGCCCGGCCCUGCCCUGCUGUGCUCUGCCUUUCUGACCACACAAUCACCUUGCCUUCUCUCCCCUACUGCCUGCCUGCCUGCCUGCUUCUGUGCUAUCCUGUGGUGUGUAUGCUGCAGUUUUGCUCAUCAUCCGAUCGGCCGCUGGUGUGGGGUGGAGCUGGGGGGUUUCCUGACGGAUCUGGUACGGUGAGAGUGCCACUUCGGCUUUGGUGGCGCUUCCUCCGUUGCUGGGGGCGGCUGAAGACCCACCAGCAACGCACCCACACCAUACACCUGUUAUCACCCUCACACAUGGAUUCACCGCGUUUGCCUGAGGUCGUUUAUUUCUUUCCUGCACAGUCUCUCUGUGCCAGCGCGUUUGCGUGUGGUGAUUUCGCUCGCUCCCUGACGAUGAGAUGAGUCGAUGAGGAUUGUUUGUAAAGCUCCCACGCCGCACUUUCUUCUCACGCACGUCGUUGGUUGGUUUUGCGUCUUCUACACACCGGUAGAUGAUGGAGGCAGGCAAGGCAAGGCAGUGGAGUGUGGUGUGUGCAAAUGGGUGCGUGUGUGGUGACUUGUGUGUGCAUCUGUGUGCAUCUACCUGUGUCUACCCACGGUGGCUGACUUAUGGCUGAUGAAUGCAUCUUAUCUACCUUCUUACACACAAACGAAUAUGUCCC